AUGACCUCUGAAUGGGAAGAAGCACAUAUGCUCUUCACCGCAGAGCCUCCGGACAGCAUGGAGAAGUCUUCCGAUGACCACCGCGGCCUCCCGGCCAGGUCCAGGGUGGCGCCCGGGAGAGAGAGGCAGAGCGGAGCCUCCGCGACCCCCAGAGGUCACAGGCCAAGGUCAUCGAAGGCAGGCCGGGUCCCCGGGGGGUCGGCGGCGGCGAGGACGGAGAGGCUGCGGAAAGAGAAGGUGGAGACAGGCCAGGUGAAGGAGAAGGUGGAGACAGGCCAGGUGAAGGAGAAGGUGAGGACCACUGUGGUGGACAUCGACGGCGUGAGAGACGAGGAGGUCAAAGAGGUCAACGGGGAAGACGAGGGGCUCCUGGAAGCAGCCGAGCAGGAGGAAGCUCUGCAGCAGGAGAACCUGGCCGUGUGUGAGUGGCUGCUGAUGGUGCUGGUCCUGGCUCUGGUUCUCCUCCUCCUCCCUCUCUCCAUCUGGUUCUGUGUCAAAGUGGUGAGGCAGCACGAGAGAGCGGUGGUCUUCCGGCUGGGUCACCUGCUGCGUGGACGCCCCCGAGGACCAGGCCUCCUCUUCUUCCUCCCGCUUCUCGAUGUGUGUCACAAGGUCGACAUUCGACUGACGCUGCUGAAGGUUCCUCCUCACACGGUGGUGACUCGGGACCUGGUGCGGCUGGAGCUCAGCGCCGUGUGCUACUACCGGGUGGAGGACGUGGCUCGGUGCAGCGUGGCUCUGCGCAGCCUGACCUCGGCGCUGCAGGCCGCGGUCCAGGCGGCGCUCAGAGACGAGGCGGCCCGCCACACGCUGGCCCACCUGCUGCAGAACCGCCGGAGCGUCGGACUGAAGGUGCGAGAGGACGUGGACUCCGCCGCCGGCCCCUGGGGCGUCAAAGUAGAGCGAGCAGAGAUAGACGAGCUCGGCCUGCCUGAGGAGCUCCAGCUGAGUCUGACCUUGCAGGCUGCAGCCGAGAGACGCCACCAGGUCAGAGUGAGAUCGGCAGAAGAGGAGCUUGACGCCUGGGAGGGGUUCAGGGCUUCUCUCCGUCUCCUCCGCCCGGCCCUGGUGACCCCUGACCUCUCAUCCCCGCCUCCCCCCCCUCCUCCUCCUCCACCUCCUCCCCCCGCCGUGGAGGGAGAGGGAGGGGCGACCGACGGGGAACCGGACACCGACUCUCCGAUGAUGUGA